UUGUGGGUAGCUGCAUUUGAUUUGGCAGUUCAAUUUUUAAAUAUUGGCAAGUUUAAUACUGAAAAUGUCGCAACCAUCUGGUGAAUUCCGUUGCCGAGUUUGCCUUAAAGAGGAUGAACUCCUGGUGGAUAUUUAUGAGAUCGUAGAAGAGAUGCAGGUAGACCUGUGCACCUUGUUGGAAACGUGUGGCGGCAUAAAGGUAGACCGCAGAGAUGUGCAGCCAAUGUAUUUAUGCCAGGAGUGCACCAACGAGCUUCUCAUCGCCGCAAAGUUUCGCAAAAAGUGCGAGGAGUCGGAGAAGUUGCGCGAUAUGGCUCACGAGAUAAGCAUGGACACGGCAGAACGCCUAGCUUCGGAGGAAAUAAUUAUUAUUGAUCCCAGCGACUAUAUUGAACAGCUCUCCGCUGUGGAGGAUCCCGAAAAUGAACCUAUUGGAGUUUCACGCUGGAACUGCCAGCAUUGUGGCGCUGGUUUCCAGCAAUCGGAAGCACUGCGUCGGCACAUCCAAAAAGUCCAUGCUUCAACAACUAUUAUUGACUGUAGGGAUUGCAGGCGGAUCUUUACGAAAGUGGGUUCCUACCAGGUCCACAAUUGCUCUCAUGCCAAGUCACUCAAACGUAAGCACAAGUGCCUGGAGUACGGUAAGUGCCUUCAAUCCGCCUCUAGUCUGGCAAGCCACAUUCGCCUGCACACCGACGAAAGGGCCUUCACCUGCGAUCAGUGCGCCAAGGCCUUCAGGACCAAUGGAGCAUUGGAGGCUCAUCUGAGGCGCCACAAACAGGUCAUGCAGCACAAGUGUCCGCACUGCGGGCGUGGAUUUGUAGAAUUCAGCAACCUGCGACGCCAUAUAGUUGCCAGGCACACGGAGAAACGUCCGCAUCUUUGCAACUUCUGUCAGCGCAGUUUCUCCAGGGUCUACAUGCUGGAGCUGCAUCUUCGUACACACACUGGCGAAAGACCCUACGCCUGCCAGCAUUGUGACAAACGUUUUGCCUAGCUGGGAGUCCUCAAGAGUCACGAGCGGAUCCAUACCGGUGAAACCGGACAGUGAUAAGUUGCAGAUCGCCGCUUUGGGCCAAUGAACUCUGAUCGCGGUCAAGGUAGCAGAUAUCAGCCCUAUCAGUGACUUCGGCAGCUUCUUUCAAUGCCAAGGCAUACAGCCCACAGCGAUUUGUUUUGCAAAGUCCGAGGCUCUUCUUACAUCGGAUAAAGAUCAACGAAUUUGAGAGUUGUGCCUCUAAAGUGUGAGGCCUUGUCUGUGUCUCAUUGCCUUCCUGCUUAAAUGAAAUCCCGCAGAGCAGCUGUAUGAAAAUCAGUUAUGCUUAAGAAAUCCUAAGCCCAGAAAGAACACUAUUC